AUGCAAGUCAUCGUUGCUCUCGCCGCCCUCAGCUCUCUUGCUGCUCCAGCCCUUGGCUUCUCCAUUCCCCGUGGUGUCCCAGUCAGCCAGUCCAUGAUCGAUGUCAAGCUCAGCGCUACCGGUAACUCCAUGGUCAAGGCCACCAUCACCAACAAUGGCAACCGUGCUUUGAACCUCCUGAAAUUCCAUACCAUCAUGGACUCCAACCCAACCCGCAAGGUCUCCAUUGAGUCCGAGGAUGGUAAGGAGAUCCAGUUCACCGGAAUGAUGCCAACAUACAAGGAGAAGGACCUCAAGCCAAGCUACUUCAUCUCCCUCCCACCAAAGGGAACCGUUGAGCACUCCUUUGACAUUGCCAGAACCCACGACCUUUCCCGUGGCGGCAAGUUCACCCUCAAGGCUGAGGGAAUGGUCCCAAUUGCAGAGGAGAACGGCACCGAAAUCACCGGUGCUGCUAAGUACCACUCCAACGAGCUCCAUAUGACGAUCGACGGCGAGAAGGCCGCCUCUGUCGAGAACGCCUUUGGCAUUGUCAAGCGUGGACCUCGCUCUAGAAUCACUAAGCGCACCAGCAUCGACAUGCAGUCCUGCGGCAACAGCCAGGAGCUCCAGGCUUUGACUGCUGCCCUCAAGGCCUCUGCUCAGCUCUCCAGCAUGUCUGCCCAGGCCGUCAGCCAGAACCAGGACAAGUACAUGGAGUACUUCAAGGACCCUCAGUACAUGCAGACCGUUCAGAGCCGCUUCCAGGCCGUUGCUCAGGAGUCUAGCUCCACCACCGGUGGUGGCACUACCUACCACUGCUCCGACACCAUGGGUGGCUGCGAGGAAGGUGUCCUCGCCUACACUCUCCCAUCCCAGAACGAGGUCUUCAACUGCCCAAUCUACUACAGCGAUCUCCCACCACUCAGCAACGAGUGCCACGCUCAGGACCAGGCUACCACCACCCUCCAUGAGCUCACCCACAACCCUGCUGUCCAGGAGCCAUUCUGCGAGGACAACGGCUACGGAUAUGAGCGUGCCACCGCCCUCUCUGCUGAGAAGGCCGUCCAGAACGCUGACAGCUACGCUCUCUUCGCCAACGGUAGGCUCAAUCCAAUUCUACCGAUGCUUAUAGAUCCUGACUAA